AUGUUAAUCAAAGAGGUAUGCACAAAAGCGUCUUACUCAACACCGAGCUUCAGAACAUGUCCAUGGAUUUCUUCCUCUUCAUGGGCAUUCCUCAGUUUCGCGCAGGACUUCAAAACGAAGGCAAACAUAUGGUUGUUCGGCUUCAAACCAGCCACCAUCAUCGAUCAUACGGAUGUAAAAUUCCACGGCCAGAGCAAGGGUUUCACUCAACGCGAAUCCCCUGAUUACAUGGUUCCAGAUUAUCUGAUCAGGGUUUUCGACAGUCUUGAAGAGGGGCAGUGGGAUGACAAGAUCACUUAUAGGCUGAAAAGACUUAGAUAUGAUACCAGUAUUGACCACUACAUUCCUGUCCUCACCGUGCAGAAGAUCUACAAGGGUCCACAAAGUUGUCACAACCAGCCAGCUCUCGAGCGGGUCUUCGAGACUAUUUCCACCAUGAGUGCUAACCAUUUUGAUUAUUCCUCAGCUGUUUAUCGCGAGGAGUGCAGAGUCCAGUUUUCAUAA